GAGCUUUAUGUAAAUAUUCAAAAACAUCUAACCUACUGAUGCCUCAAUUAAUGUAAUUUUAUUGAUAUCUAUUUUUAUUUCUGAAAUUUACCACCCUCGGCUUAUACUGGAGUCAACAUUUUCCCAGGUUUUUUGUGGUAAAAUUAGGUGCCUCGGCUUAUAUUCGGGUCGGUUUAUACUCUAGUAUAUAUGGUAAUUAGAUUGACAUCUAUGGAAUUGGUUCAAGGUCCUGAUGGUGAUUACAGAGGGCAGCUUUGAACUGUGCCCAUGAUCUGUAAUAUCUGAGGCUUGGAAGCUGCAGAGAAUGUUUUUUAAUUUUUUUCUAAAUUCGCCCCUUGGAAUGUGCAUAUGGACAUCACCAGGACACUUUGUCUGCACAGUGAUUCACAUUCUGUAGAGCCAAUUUCACCCUGUAAUGUGAUUUACAUCUUAAAGCACUGAUAUCCAUUAAGGAAUUUCUUUUGGACUUUCCCUUGAUUUUGCAUAUCUUGGUUUAAUGUGCUUUAAACACAAUGCAGCACACUUUCAUGAUGUCAAUUUCAAGCUGGUUCCAGGUUGCUUUAAAUGGUCCAUGUAGAUGAAAGCUGCACCUAAUCCCAGUCCAAUAUUUAAUUCUUGGUGCCAUUCUUCUUGUUGAUUGAUUUUGUAUAGGCAUCUGUAACAAAAAGCCUUAUUUUAUUGAGGAUUUUUGUCUAUGUUAUUUAAUGUUGAUUCAGUGGUGAAGGUGGGCAGGAGUUAGCUACUGCUGAUUGGCUAUGUGUCACCAUGGUAACGUAGCUGCUUCUGUAGAAAUGUAACUAUUUCGAGGCUAGCAUGAAAGGGGCGGAGCUAGCUGGAUGAAAAAGGAGGGAAUGUUUUUAAAAGAGUUAGUUAGUGAAGUUCUCUAGCCGGUGAGCUAGAAAGAAGAUGUCUGAAGUCAGUUAGGUUUAGGUUUCCAGUGAGAUAGAGCUGAGGAAAAAGAAUACCGUUGAGACAAAGUUUUAGUCAAGUGGUUGAUGUUAAAGAAUGAAAGAUAUUAUCUAUAGUAUGUACAAAUGAAACUGAAAAAGUAAAUCUUUGUAACAAGUUACGCUUUUUGGACUAAAGAAACCAUAAAUAAAUAAUUCUUUGUUUUUUAAUAAAGACGGUGUUCCUGAGUGGUGAAUUGCUCUACUUAGAGUCAACGGAAGAUUUGUCUCACAUACUUCCCCUCAGUGUCACAUCCUCUCAUACAUGCACACGCAGAGACCCAAGUGUUUAUAGCUGGCAGUGGCUGGGAUCCUGAAAGAAGGAUUGCCCCCUGCCAUAGUGGGAUUUGAGAGAUCCCAUAUUAAAAAGGCGUGGCAAAGGUGUGGGAUAUUAAGAAGAAGAUUCCCAUAGCCUAAAUGUAAAGGGCUUUGGGCAGGGUGUCCCACAUUUAAUGGUGGCAGUGGUUGGGAUCUUGAAAGAGAGAUUUCCCCCCUGCCUGUUUGAGAAGCCACUCUUGUGCCUUUUUUGAAGUGAGCCUUGCAGCAUCUAAUUGUGCCAGUGUUGUAAGCCACCCUGAGUCCCUUCGGGUGAGAAGGGUGGGAUAUAAAUAUUGGAAAUAAAUAAAUAUAUCACAGUUCUAAAAGGGAAAAUCACUGGACGUGAAAGACUCUGGGCCCUGUUUGCAGCUAUGGGGAAAGUAUUCCCAAGUUCAGUAAUGCUGGAGGCUGGAUCCAAAACAUGUGCACACAAACAUCUUUAAUAAGACUAGUCAUAUAGAGACAAGGUUGUACUCCAAUCACUGUCAUUGUGCAGAACAUAGUUUACUGAACCCUACACAGACAUUUUGCCCAAUGUGUGAGGGUCUGUGAAACUGGUUUUCAGGGUGAGGUUUGUGUACAUACCUACAUCCCUGACCUUAGUUUAGUCCUUCACAUAAGCUGGUCAAUGCUUGCAUAGGGCUUGUAGGGUUCAAGAAGUAGAAACCAGACUAGAAAAGUAUAAGUAUCAUAAAUAGACAGCAGGAUGACUACUUAGGUUGCACACUAUGCCCUCAAUGAGACUGAGAAUGGGAUGAACAAUGAGGUGGUGGAUACAUUCAAAGACUUUGAGAGAGGUUGGCAUGCUUAAAAGUUUCAUACAGCUAUCCUGAAGUCAUCCGAUCUCAUCUGAUAUCUGAAGCUAAGAGAGUUAGUUCCUAGUUUAUCAUUGGAUGAGAAAAGUUAAGAAGUAUCAAAGAGAGAGAGAAAGGGAAAGGAUGAGAAUACUGGAAGUCCAGACAAAUGGGCAAUAGCAAUGGGCUCACAUAUUAUGUUGUAGGAAUGAAGCUGAAUAAAAGAAUGUUAGAUCCUUUGACAUGUUUUAGUUGAGAACUCCUUGCCUGCUCUAAAUUACCACCUCCACUUUAAAGGGAACUGAAAGUACACUAUAGAUACAAAACAUACUGGAAGUAAAAAAGAACUGGCUUGUCUGAAACUAUUCUUCAUUCUCUUUAACAUGAGUAGCUGUGCCUGCUUAGAUCUCAGAGCUUACUGAUAUAUUGGCCAACUUCACCAUCAGCUUACUAUCUACCACCCCAUCUGGCAUGAAGUUCCCCGUUUUUCUGGACCUCCUUCACAAUCACAUUUUCUCCAGGCUCCCUUUUCAUCCAUUGUGCCAUCUGUUCUUUGUCUUCCUCUGAAACUUCUUUUUUCCUCUUGUCACUUUUGAGUGCAGCAGUUUCUUCUUUUACAAAAUCUCUGGAAUAACUAGCUUGUAAAAUUACCCUAUGCUUUCAUUAUUUUUUCAUUCCUUUUUCUGUGGCAUCUGCUCAAUGCACAUGUGCAAUUAUAUAAUUAGAUCAUCAAGCAAUAAAUGAUGAUGAAAGAGCCUUCAUUGCUUGAUCAUUUUCUUUCGCUCAGUAUGAAAGAACAGUGAUUCCCCAGGUAUUUUUUGUAACAGUGAUGUUUGCAAGAAAAACAAGUGCAAUUCCAUACAACCCAGUAAGGUAUGCAAAGAUAUGAAAACAUCAACCUCCUUCUAAUCCAUCCUAGAUGUGUAGUCUUUUUGUAACUAUUCAACCACAUCAGAAGGAUUGAUGGAUCCUUAGAGAUCUGGCAGCACUUCUUAUUAUAGCACCAAAUAUUUUGCUGCCUAAAGCGAAGAAUAAGAUGGUGCCUUCUCCUUUUCUGGCCAGAAAGCAGCUGAACCUUAUUUCAUCACGGCCAGCAUAAUAUGAUCCUUCCCCUACAACCUUUGAGGCAACGUGUUGAUACUCACAGCUCUGUCCUCAAACCUCACCACUACUCCUUGCACUACUCCUAGCACCUGUAGUAUAUGACAAGCUUCAUAUAUUCACUGCAUGUAGGGCCAUAUACUACAAAGCCUGCACACUCACAUGAGAUUCCUUAAGUAGGAUUUUCCAUAAGAGAAAACUGAUAUGAAGUGUCUGUGCAGGAAACCUAUAUCUGUAGAUUCAUGUGUUCUUGUUAAGGUUUCCAGCCGUCUUUUUGUUCCAAGGAAAAGUCUUAUUAUCUUUAAAUAACACUAGCCAACAUACAUUUUGGUGCUUCAAAUGUUUUGGUGCCUCAAAUGUCAAAAGUUUGAGAAAUGUCCUCCAAAGCAUUGUUUUUCUACUCACCAAAUCAAAAACAUCAGAGCAAGCGAAUAAGAGUAAUUUUCCUACAUGUAGAAUAUAGCAUAUCAAGAAUACUGACUGUUCUUUUACACUUCUUUCUGGUAUAAACUUAUGUGGAGCAAUAUUUUUAGACAGGGGGCUCAUUUGGGUACUGUAGCCCAGGAAAUGCCUGUGCAGCAAUGCAAUACAAUUAUUUCCAUUCAGAAUCAACCUUUGGUUUAUCGGGAUAGCAUCUAGCCACCCCUCAAGGGAAAACCCGGGGUUUGGGUUGAGGGUGGGGAUCAAAACCUAGUAGCAGACAGAUUAUUUUAACCCACUUCCUCCCAGGUUUCAGGAAAGUGUAGAAGGGAUCUCAGAUUCAUUGCAGACUAAAUAUGAAGAUUGAAAGUAAAGUCAGUUGGUUCUUAGGUUGGUUUCUUUUUAAAAAAAAUGAAUUAUAAUACUAAAUUUCACUGAAUUUCAUGAAAUUUAAGGAGCCUAUGAUGGAAGGCACACCCUGAAGCUUUACAAAAAAAAUGAUUAUCUUAAUAUUUUUAGGAUUUCCUCUGCAUUCAUGAUAUCUUUUUGUUUGUAUGUAUGUUUCAAUGUGUAUGUGUCACACAAUGUUUCUGUGCGGUGAGGCAAGAGUGUGAAGAACAGUAGAAGUCAUCUUGUCUGCAUGAAUCUGUCUUCCUAAGUCUAUGAGCCCAAUGAGGAGAAAGCAGAAACAGGAAACAGCACUAAGAAAAAUUCCAGAAAACAGCCAUCUGACUGAGAAGGACAAAAUAAUGGGGACCUGGUAGAGCUAUUAGGGCAGGUACCCUUCCUCUUUUUCUUUUCUAUGAGUGAAAAGUAAACUAUACGUAUAUAAUGAGGUUCCUAUAAAACUGUUUGACGAAAACAAAAUAGGUAUCAGCUAAAUGAAGAGUGACUCCAGACCCAUUUUGAAAGAGCUGUGCUCAGUCAUCAUUAAUGCAGAAGAGGUGUUCGGACUUUCUUUCUCAGAUCUUGCAGUUACUAAAGGAUUCCUGUUAACAGCACAUAAGCAGGAAGUCCAUAAGAUGAGGUGUGUGCAUAUAAACACACAUAAAAUGCUUCAUUGAAGCAAGGAAACCCAUUCAAGUAGCUGACUAUUGUACUGAAGCUUCUGGAAAAAUAAAGCAAUGGUCCUGCACGGUUUAUAUAUAUGUGUGAUCAUAUUGUUGCACCAGUCUGGGAUUAAGGCUGAGGGUGAUAUCGAUGCUCUGAUGACCACCAGGGCUGAUCAGCAAAAGGAGAUUGUGGACAAGCACAAUAACUUACGCAGAUCAGUGAAACCAACAGCCAGAAACAUGCUGAAAAUGGAAUGGGACAAUGAACUUGCAAAAAAUGCACAAAAAUGGGCAAACCGGUGUACUUUUAAACACAGUUCAAAAUCAAGCAGAAUUAUAAAUGGCAAAAAAUGUGGAGAAAACCUCUACAUGUCAACUGCACCGAACCCAUGGUCUGAUGCCGUUCAGUCAUGGUAUGAUGAAGUCCAUGAUUUUGAACAUGGUUAUGGAGCAAUAUGGCAAGAUGCAGUUGUUGGCCAUUACACUCAGGUGGUUUGGUAUCGUUCUUGGAAAGUGGGAUGUGGUUUUGCCAGAUGCCCUAAUAAAAGAUACGAAAACUAUUAUGUCUGCCAGUACAGCCCUGCAGGAAACAGGAAAGACCUUUUAAACACCCCCUAUGCAGCAGGAACACCGUGUGGGGAUUGCCCAAAGCACUGCGACAACGGAUUAUGCAAGAUGGGCUUGUUCAUUGUCUUGCUGUGUCUUCCUACUGUACUGCAACUAUUACCUGGAUAUAUGCAUACAGCAGAAUCAACCUCCAUUGAAGAUCAAAGAAUCAUUGUUGACAAGCACAAUGCCCUGCGUAGAGGAGUCAGACCAUCUGCUAGUAACAUGUUAAAAAUGGAAUGGAAUGCCAAAGCAGCUGAGAAUGCAAAAAAGUGGGCACUCAAAUGUAUUCAAGAGCACAGCCCAAAAGCAGAGAGAAUGGUUGAUGGAAGACAAUGUGGUGAAAAUCUGUACAUGUCAACGGCAGCUACUCGCUGGGAUGUCGUUAUUCAGGCCCUUUACGAUGAGGAGAAAGAUUUCAAGUAUGGCGUUGGAAAAACAAGCCCAAACGCUGUAAUUGGACAUUACACUCAGGUAGUUUGGUACAGGUCUUACCAAGUCGGAUGCUAUGAAGCCAGAUGUUCUAGCGCCCCUUUUCCAUUCUACUAUGUAUGCCAGUACUGCCCUGCCGGAAACAUAGAGCACUUAAUUCCAACGCCAUAUAAGUCAGGACCACCUUGUGGAGACUGCCCAUAUGCAUGUGACAAUGGACUUUGCACCAACCCUUGCAAACACGAUGAUAAGUACUCUAACUGUGGUAGCUUAGCAAGACAACCUGGUUGCAGUCACGGAAAUAUGAUGGAAGACUGCGCUGCUUCUUGCCUAUGCAAGACAGAAAUAAAAUAACAAGAACCUUUUCUGCUCCUUGUAGAAGAACUCUGCAUUGUCACUAAAAUCAUCCCAUAUUUCAGAGUUUUCUGGGAGGUCAAUUUCAAUUCGAAGUUAUAAACAUAUUUUCAAAACUGAAAA